AUGAGUGCCACCACACGUCAACUCACUCUACCUGAUUCAAACUGGUUCAUGAUCAAGUUGAGUACGGACAAAGUGGGUUACGGUAUGUUUGCCAAACGCGAUAUUCCAUGUGCCACUGUUAUUCUACGUGAGAAGCCAUUGUUUCAAUGGACAGACUGUCAAAUGAUGCGUACUGAGUAUGAAAAGUUAGAUCGCGAGAAGAAAAGGUUGUUUUCUCAACUGUCGGGAUCUCAAUCAUCAAACAACGGCGAUAUUUUAGAUGUAUGUCAAACAAACUGCAUUCAACUAGGUACAACGCCAUCAUCCGGCAUAUUUCAUCAAAUGUCAUUUGUUAAUCAUGAUUGUGAAGGUAACUCAUUUUGGAAAUGGUUUCCACGCAAUGGUGAACAGCGUCUAUUUGCCGAUCGUCGAAUCAAAUGUGGUGAAGAGAUUCUAGUCCCAUAUCACUCAUUUAUGCCACGAAAUGAACGGCAAAAUUUACUCAAGAGUUUUUAUAAUUUUAAUUGUCAGUGCAAAGUAUGUGAGCGACAACUAAGAGACAAUGGUGUAAGCGAUAAAAAAUGGUCAGAUUUUGAACGUAAUCGAGAGUAUGUGUUUUAUUCUAUGCAAACAAAUCCGAGCGAGUCAAUAAAACUGUGCGAUGAACUGAUUGACUUUGUUAAAGAUGAAUAUCAUAGUAGUCUAUCGCUGAUGCCUGAUCUUCAGUUUAUUGCUGGUCAAGUAGCACUAAUUGGACUUGGUGAUAUGGAGAGAGCAGCGCAUCAUUUGAAAAUUGCCAUUGAUCUCAAAUCGUUCAUCGAAGGUGAAGAUGCGGAUUUAUCGAGUCAUUUGAAGAUAGUCGCCUUGCUACCAGUAGAAUACCACCAACAAUUUAAGAAUUACGUGAAGAAACAGUAA